UCAAAUGUAUGUGAUAUGCGGUAUCCUCAAGGAUGCGUAGACAUAGUUGUUGCAUAGAUUGGUUGGCUGGUCGAACUCUUAGAUACUCCACCAUGGAUUGUUCUAUGCAGGCGUGCAAAAGGAACAGGGAAGAAGAAAACAAUGAUGCUCCUAGAUGCUCAGUUUUGUUUGCAAUGAAUGGGUAAAGGUUAAAAUAUGCAUUGGCAUUUGGCAACUGGCUAAUGAACCAGAGAUGUUAUCAGCUUUCAGGUAAGUGUUUAUGGAUUAUGUUGAGGUGAGAAGUUCCAUUUAUCUUUGAGUGACAGAAAGAUGAAGUUUUUCUUUGAUGGGUACCUGUCAUCGUCAUCCGUCUCUGCAUAUUGAGAAAAGAGGCAUCUUUUUCAAUCGCUGAUAAUAAUGGGCAUAUUUGGGAAUGGAGAAUAUGCCAUGUGAAGCUUAUUAGCUUUUUGAGAAGACGUUGGACAUUUGGACAGGGACUCUUAAAUAGGAACAACUUGCGUGUGCCUGGAAUUUGUUUCGUCUUGUUCCAUAUCUCUUCUCCCAUUGGGCCCUCACCAUCUUUAGUGUUCUUUUAUAUGCUUCCUUAUCUGUUCUAUUCCUUUCUAACCUUGGAAUUUUUGAGUUCCCACAGUCUCUUCCUUUCCUCCACUCCCCAACCAAUCUGGGUAAUCUUUCAUCCUGAGAUCACAAGCUACCCAUGUUUCUUCAGGAUUCUGGUUUCUGUCUUGUCUUGGUUGGCCUUAUGUGACAGAUCCCUGCACUUGUUAGAACACUUUGCCCACUAUCGAUGGCCUAGCUGGUGUCCCUGCUGGAAUUUCAUGUCUAUUAUCUCUGUGAUCCUUGGGGAGGCCUACCUUCCUGUCUUCAACUUCUUCUGUUGUUUUGUUUAGUGCUUUUCUAUGAAACCCUAAUGGGAUCGGAUUCGCUGAAAACCCAUUCGUGAUUUUUGAUGCCAUGAAACCCAAUUAUAUGCGUUGUUUAUUGAGUUGAUUCCAGGUUUACUACAUCCUGAUGUUACCUUCACCAUGCGAUGUUCAUCUUAACAACCAAUUUAAGCUAACCAACUCGAGAACACUGGCAUGUAACGACUAAAGCAUAUAGCAGAAUUAUAUUCUAACCCACUUUCAUAAAUGCUCUUUCUAUAUUUUCCCUACUCUAUUAGCAUCCCUUUGAUCAGACAUAGGUUUGGUUGUGUACCAAGUUCAUAUUGUAAGGUAACCAACCUGGUACUUGGUCCUAACAUUAAGGAAAGGAUUUCAACAUGGGAUAUUACCUUGGCAGAGAUUCAAAGACUCCACUCAAGCUACUGUCUGUUGAUUCUGUUGUGAAUUUCACUCUUCUUCAUGGACUACGUUUCUUUGGUUUUCAUCAACAGGUUGGAAAACCCUAUAAAGCACAGAAGCUCGGAUGCAGGCAGUAAGUUGGACGUAUUCACCAUGGCAGGGGAUAACACCACUACUGAACAAGAAAGCAAUGACUUCUUCAACCUCUUAGCAUCUCGAGGAAUCGACUUCCUUCUCUCUUCUCAAGGAAAGGUGCCAAUAUCAUCAGCAUGUGAAGAAAGCAGAGUAGUUUGCCUAUUCUUCUCGGCCAACUGGUGCAGGCCAUGCAAAACUUUCACUCCACAGCUCAUUCAACUCUACCACACCCUCAAAUCCGAGGGCAAAUCGCUGGAGAUCAUCUUUAUAUCGUUCGACCAUGACGAGAAUCAAUUUGAAGAACAUUUCAUGUCCAUGCCUUGGCUUGCACUUCCAUUUGAAGCCGAACUACAUAAAAUGCUGAGGGACAUCUACCGAGUUCUUCGAAUCCCAUCAUUGAUCCCAUUGCUCACCGAUGGAAUCACUGUUGAAGAGGACCUGAUUAGUUUCGUCGAAGACUAUGGCUCUGAAGCAUUCCCUUUCACACGGAAAAGACGCGAGGAGCUCAAGGCCAUUGAUGAUGCAAAGCGCCAAGGCGGCAGCCUCGAACAACUUCUUGGGCACCAAGGGCGAAGUUUUCUCUUAACAAGGGACUACCGAAAGGUCUCAGUAUCUCAACUCGUCGGCAAACCAAUCGGGCUCUACUUUGGAGCUCACUGGUGCCCUCCAAGCCGCAACUUCACCGCCCAGCUCAUCGAAGCUUACAACGACCUCAACACGACCAACAACAACGAUGACAGCAGCAGCAGCAGGACAUUCGAGGUCGUCUUCAUCUCCACAGACCGCGACAUCAAGGAAUUCAACGUCAGCUUGAGCAACAUGCCGUGGCUUGCCAUUCCUUACGAUGACAGGACGAGGCAGGACCUGUGCAGGAUCUUCGACAUCAAAGGGAUUCCUGCUCUGGUGAUGAUCGGGGAGGAUGGGAAGACGGUAAGCACGGAAGGGAAGUCGUUGAUCUCGUUGUACGGUGCCAUGGGGUUCCCGUUCACGGCGGCGAGGGUGGCCGAGAUUCAAGCCGCCGUCAGGAAGGAAGGAGAAGCGCUGCCGCGGGAAGUGAAGGAUAGCAGAAAGCAUGAGCAUGUGCUGAAGCUGGACAUGGCGAAAGGGUACGUAUGUGACUGGUGUAAGCGGCAGGGGAGGUUCUGGGCGUUCUCUUGUGAUGUGUGUGAUUAUGAUCUUCACCCUGCAUGUGUAGAAGAAACCUGACCUGAUCGCACGUAGGAAUAGCAAUGCGGCCUGCAACAUUACUUUAUAAAACAGUGCACAAACUUAAAAAUAUGAAUGGGAUAUCAAAGAAAGUUGAGAUAAAAUUGCUCGAUAAUAAGAUGGGACAAGAUUUAGACGAGAAGAAUGUCCAUGCUCUGUUCCACAUUGCUUGUUGGCAGACGAAUAAUACCCAUGUGUAACAUGUCGUAUGCAUAAAACAACAGAACAAUUUGAGUCGUGUCGAUCAAUAAUAAUGAAAUUGACAAAUCUUGAACAAUAAAUAUACCAAAUUAGUUGGUUACUAUUUACGAUUUAGAAUAAAAAAAGCAACUUUACGUUAAUUGUGAAAAAUAAAAUUAGUUAUUGAAUGAACAAAUAACGGAGAUGGGGACUUGGACUUCCCUUGUCUGUGUGGGUGACCUAAAGAUUUCGAGUUCGACCUCCGGGCGACGCUCCCACCGUUUGUGCGGUACUCGUUGACCAGGUUCGCUCCUGGGUCUGAGUGGCCGUGGGGUUCCUUUAGUAGCAUUUCAUCGAUGAGUAUCUUAGCAGUUAGUAUUACUUGCGGGAUGGUCAGGCCCUCGUGCCAGCAAUAAUCCAUCUUCUUACGUUAAUGAUAUGACUAUAUCGAAUCAACAGAUUCAUAAUUUAUGUGACGAAAACAUCACUAAGCCAUGCAUGUCGAAAGAGUUUCUCAUCAUAAAGAACAAAUAACAUUUUUGUAA